AUUGUCCCAGCUUAGUGUACAGUAGGUGGGAGAUGACGCUGGGCGAUCAGGCUGCUUCGUGAAAAGCUCCUGCUGUUCUAAAGAACGGGAGAGUAGAAAUGUUAUUUUUGGACUGCCAUUCCUGACUGAACGCAAGAUGGUCUGAAUAUAUCGGGAGCUGCUUGAGCAGAAUUUCUGAUUGGCCGAGUCAAGGUGGGCUUAGAGGCGUUUGCUUUGACCGGAGACGAUGAGUGAGCUCGAACAGUUGCGCCAAGAGGCAGAACAGCUACGAAGUCAGAUACGGGAUGCAAGGAAAGCAUGUGGCGAUUCUACGCUGACCCAGAUUACAGCCGCCCUCGAUCCAGUCGGAAGGAUCCAGAUGCGUACGAGACGCACACUAAGGGGUCACUUGGCUAAGAUCUACGCCAUGCAUUGGGGAACCGACUCUAGACUGUUAGUCAGUGCAUCUCAAGAUGGAAAAUUAAUCAUCUGGGACAGCUACACCACAAAUAAGGUUCACGCCAUUCCACUCCGGUCGUCUUGGGUCAUGACCUGCGCUUACGCGCCAUCUGGUAACUACGUGGCCUGCGGUGGCCUGGACAACAUCUGCUCCAUCUACAGCCUGAAAACUCGCGAGGGAAACGUGCGAGUGAGCAGGGAGCUUCCCGGACACACAGGUUACCUAUCCUGCUGCCGCUUUCUAGAUGAUAACCAGAUAGUUACAAGCUCUGGCGAUACAACCUGUGCCCUGUGGGAUAUUGAAACCGGGCAGCAGACGACCACGUUCACGGGCCACAGCGGAGAUGUCAUGAGCCUCUCCCUCUCCCCGGACUUCAAGACCUUCGUGUCGGGAGCCUGCGAUGCGUCAGUCAAGCUCUGGGACGUGCGCGACAGCAUGUGCCGGCAGACCUUCACCGGUCACGAGUCGGACAUCAACGCCGUCUGCUUCUUCCCCAAUGGGAAUGCCUUUGCCACCGGCUCCGACGAUGCCACUUGCCGGCUCUUCGACCUGCGGGCAGACCAGGAGCUGAUGAUGUACUCCCACGACAACAUCAUCUGCGGCAUUACGUCGGUGGCGUUCUCCAAGAGCGGCCGCCUCUUGCUGGCUGGCUACGACGACUUCAACUGCAACAUCUGGGACUCCAUGAAGGGCGACCGCGCCGGAGUCUUGGCUGGUCACGACAACAGGGUUAGCUGCCUGGGAGUGACAGACGAUGGAAUGGCUGUGGCAACAGGAUCUUGGGACAGUUUCCUCAAAAUCUGGAACUAACCGUGACCUGAAGUGGGUGCGACGCGAAUAGAGGAAUUAAAAUAAAAAACCUUGAUUGUUA